AAAAAAUACAUAAAAAAGAAGAAUAUUAUAACCCCAACAUAACAAAAUUGUCAAUUUUAUAAUUAUUUCUUCAUUAAUCAAAAUAAUAACAUACAAGAAUCGCGAGUGUAGUUUUAUUAAGUUAGGUUUAUGAAUUAAACGAAUUACAAUAAUAUGACUAUAGAUAACCUGGAAAGCGACAACAUAAUAUUAGCUACAGGGGGCUACGAUCACACAAUAAAAUUAUGGCAAACUCACACAGGAAUUUGUACGAGAACCUUACAACACGCCGAAUCGCAAGUAAACGCGUUAGAAAUAACUCCUGACCGCCAACACCUAGCCGCAGCCAGUUACCAGCACAUCUACAUGUACGACUUGGCCUCGAAUAACCACAACGCGAUCGUAAACUACGAAGGCACCUCCAAGAACGUAACGUGCGUGGGCUUCCAGGAGGACGGCAAAUGGAUGUAUUCAGGCGGAGAAGACAGCAGGGCCAGGAUAUGGGACCUGAGGUCGAGGAACAAUCAAUGCCCCAAGAUAUUCGAAGUCCAGUCGCCCAUCAACUGCGUCGCCUUGCACCCCAAUCAAGUGGAAUUGUUUGUGGGCGAUCAGAACGGGAUUAUUUACAGAUGGGAUCUUCGUACGGAUAAUAACGAGCAAUUAAUUCCUGAAAACGAUGCUGUGAUUUUAGACGUGGAAAUAUCUCCUGAUAGCAAACUGAUGGCGUCUGUGAAUAAUAAAGGCCGUUGUUACAUAUGGAGUUUGGUUACAGGAAUGGUGGAUACCCCGACGAAAAUGGUGCCCAAGCAAAAAUUCGAAGCGCAUACUAGACAUACGUUGAAAUGUAAAUUUAGCGCGGAUUCCAGUUUAUUAGCGACGACUUCUGCAGAUACUACUACGAGAAUAUGGAGAGUCGAUGAGAAUUUUGGACUCUUGCGGGAAAUCAAGCAACCUGAAAGUCAACGAUGGGUGUGGGACGCAGCUUUUAGCGCGGACGGGCAAUAUUUGUUUACAGGCGAGUCAUUAUCCAUUACACCUUCCUCCAGCGGUUUCGCUAGGUUGUGGAAUCUAGAAAGCGGCGCGAUGGAGAGAGAAUAUGCAGGUCAUCAAAAAGCGAUCACUGCCCUAGCAUUUAGAGAUACUUCAUAAUCGCAUAAAUUAGCUUAUAAAAUAAAAAAAAAUUGAAAAACGACGUUCUAUUAGUUUAAUUUGAUCGAUAUAACAAAUCAUUACGAAAGAGAUUUUAUUGUAUUAAAUUAAUUUAACACAUCCACGAAAAUUUUUAAAUUAUUGCUAAUAAUCCACCACAAAAUUUUCUCGUUAAAAAUUUAAAUUAACAGAAUCCGUCUUUCGUCGAUAUGUACAUGAUCAAAUCGACCACUCUGUUCGAAUAACCAUAUUCGUUGUCGUACCAAGAUAUUAAUUUGACGAAUUUAUCGUUCAGAGCGAUCCCCGCCAAGGCGUCAAACGUAGACGAAUGAGUAUCUCCGCAAAAAUCCGUCGACACCACCUCCUCCUCGGUGUAGUUCAAAAUACCUUUAAAGGCCCCUUUGCUGGCUUCCUUAAUCGCCGCCUUGAUCUUAUCGUAUGGCGCGGAUUUCGCCAAUCUGGCUGUUAAAUCGACUACAGACACGUUCGGGACGGGUACUCGAAAUGCCAUACCGGUUAAUUUGCC